AUGAGCCAAAAAAUUGAAGGAAGCUCUAGUGAAAAAAAUGUUCGACAUGGUAAAAUGUCAAGAGAAAGAACUCACAGCAGACAAUCUCAUCAGUCCAAAUCAUCUGUUGGAAGUGUUGCACUAAGUGCAUCUGAAGAAGAAGAUACUGAGAAGAUUCCUAAAGAAGAUUUGAAGGGGACACCAUGCCACUUGGCUAUAGGAAAUAUAGAUAAUAUUGUUGCAGUAACCACAAUAUUUGAUGAUGAUGUGUCAUGGUUAACUGUUAAAGUUUUGAUUGACAUUGUCAUUGGAGAAUAUUUGCCUAUACCAAUUCUUGUGAAGGGUAAAAUAGAGUCCUUAAAUCAAGCAAUGGGCAACUUCGUAAAAUGGCCUCGUGAACUUGUAGUUAUGGUUGACGAGAAAAAAGACCAUUCAACAAUUAAGAGCUUCAACCAAUCCUCCAAAUAUACUGACGCCAAUGAGCUUUCUCAGGAACUCAUUGAAGGCUUGGGAAUCUACAUUCUGUCUUUUGAUAGACCUGGUCAUGGAGAGAGUGAUCCUGACGUGAAGAGGACGGUGAAGAACGUGGCUAUAGACAUAGAAGAGCUUGCAGAUCAAUUGGCAUUGGGAUCCAAAUUCUAUGUUAUUGGAGGUUCCAUCGGCGGAAUAAUAGUUUGGAGUUGUCUGAAGUACAUUCCAAACAGGCUGGCAGGGACAAUAUUAGUAGCUCCAGUUAUCAACUAUUGGUGGUCAGGUCUUCCUGCAAAUGUAUCUAAUGAAGCUUUCAAAUGGAAAACAUUGCAAGACCAUUGGGCUCCAAAUGUUGCUCACUAUACUCCUUGGCUCAUAUACUGGUGGAACACACAGAAACAAUUUCCUGCUUCAAGUAUUAUCGCUCACAAUCCCGACAUUCUUUCUCCCAACGACAAAAAUCUCUUCCUAAGCUCUCAUUUCGACAUGAGUAUAUGGUGUGGGGGUUCUCUUGACCUUAACUCUGGUAUGGAAGAUGAUCUCGUUCAGAUUAGACAACAAGGUGAAUAUGAAUCACUCCAUCAGAACUUAAAUGUUGGAUUUAGCAGCUGGGAGUUCAGUCCUCUGGUCCUAAAAAAUUCAUUUCCUUACAAUGACUGAUCAAUCCACAUAUGGCAGGGAGAUGACGAUAGGGUCGUGUCACCUAAACUGCAACGCUACAUUGCUGAAAAGCUUCCAUGGAUUCGCUAGCACGAGGUACCGGGUGCUGGACACUUGUUCUCUUAUGCUGAUAAUGUUUAUGAUUCUGUCAUCACUGCUCCUUUGUUUGAAGAGAAAUGA